AGAGAAACAAGGACAGACACAACAAGGGGUGAGAAAGGCAACGAUGCAACCCCUGUUUUUCCCGUAAUCGUUGCCGUUCGAUUCUGCGCCGUAGUUUCGUAUACGGGGCGGCUCCUGUAUUCCUAUUCACCUUUAGCGUUACCCCAGGAGUGCAUGAAUGGUGAUUUAACGCGUGCCAGGAAAAAGAACUUUCGUGUCCGGCAGUUGCUGGACAAGUGAAAGAAUCAGGAGAAUAGUGCCUAGUCUAAUAUAAAGCACAAUGGUUACAGAUAGUACGAGUCAGGCUGAUGACACGACAGCAUUUCUUCGUGCUGCUCGGUCCGGGAACCUCGAAAAAGUGAUCGAAUUCCUCGAUACCGACUUAGACAUUAAUACAGCUAAUUCGAAUGGUUUAAAUGCUUUGCAUUUAGCAUCGAAAGAUGGCCAUGUUGAAAUAGUAACAGAAUUAUUAAAAAGAGGUGCUAAGGUGGACGCAGCUACGAAAAAAGGGAACACUGCGCUGCACAUAGCAUCGUUGGCCGGCCAAGAGGAAAUAGUAAAUAUUCUUAUUCAAUACGGUGCUGCAGUUAAUAUUCAAUCUCAAAAUGGUUUCACACCACUGUACAUGGCCGCUCAAGAAAAUCACGAUCAAGUCGUUAAAUUAUUGCUGAGCAACGGAGCUAAUCAGAGUCUUGCUACAGAGGAUGGAUUUACACCUCUCGCUGUAGCAAUGCAACAAGGACAUGAUAAAGUUGUCAGCGUUCUUUUAGAAAAUGAUUCUAAAGGAAAAGUUCGACUACCAGCGCUUCAUAUUGCAGCGAAGAAGGAUGAUUGUAAAGCUGCGGAUCUAUUAUUACAGAAUGAUCACAAACCGGACGUUACAUCAAAAAGUGGCUUUACACCUUUGCAUAUCGCCGCCCAUUAUGGAAACGAAGAGAUAGCACGUUUACUAAUAAAACGAGGAGCAGACGUGAAUUAUUUGGCAAAGCAUAAUAUAAGCCCUUUACAUGUAGCGGCAAAAUGGGGUAAAAACAACAUGGUUAAAGUAUUAUUAGAAAAUUCUGCGCAAAUCGAUGCUAAAACUAGGGAUGGUUUAACACCGCUUCAUUGUGCAGCAAGAUCUGGUCAUGAACAAGUGAUUACCACGCUUCUUGAACAUUCUGCACCAAUUAGUGCGCGAACGAAAAAUGGACUUGCACCGCUACAUAUGGCAUCGCAAGGAGAUCACGUGGAUGCGGCAAGGGUACUAUUGUAUCACCGAGCACCAGUGGACGAAGUUACGAUCGAUUAUUUAACGUCUCUUCAUGUUGCCGCACACUGCGGACAUGUUAGAGUUGCAAAAUUACUUUUGGACCGAAAAGCUGAUCCAAAUGCACGCGCUUUAAAUGGUUUUACACCGUUGCAUAUCGCUUGCAAGAAGAAUCGAAUAAAAGUUGUCGAGCUCUUAUUAAAACACGGAGCAUCGAUCGAAUCUACUACCGAGUCUGGACUGACUCCAUUACAUGUGGCCAGUUUUAUGGGAUGUAUGAAUAUCGUGAUAUUUCUACUACAACACGAAGCCAAUCCUGAUGUGCCAACUGUUAGAGGUGAAACACCUCUACAUCUGGCAGCUAGAGCUAAUCAAACAGACAUUAUUCGAAUUUUAUUACGAAAUGGAGCCAAAGUUGAUGCCCGUGCAAGGGAACAACAAACACCCCUUCAUAUUGCAUCGCGAUUAGGAAAUAUUGACAUUGUUAUGUUACUUCUGCAACAUGGUGCAGCAGUUGACACUACUACAAAAGAUAUGUACACAGCGUUGCAUAUUGCGGCGAAGGAAGGGCAAGAGGAGGUGGCAACUAUUCUCGUGGAAAAUAACGCUUCUCUUAAGGCUACAACUAAAAACGGCUUUACUCCUUUACAUAUUGCAGCUAAAUAUGGCAAUAUGAGCGUUGCAAAGAUACUUUUGCAAAGGGAUAUCAAACUAGACGUGCAAGGAAAGAAUGACAUUUCUCCUUUACAUUUGGCGUGUCACUAUGAUCAUCCAAACGUGGCAAAUCUUCUUUUGGAAAAAGGCGCAUCCCCUCAUCUAGCUUCGCAAAAUGGACAUACUCCUUUGCAUAUUGCUGCUCGUAAAAAUCAGAUGGAUAUUGCUUCGACUCUGUUGGAGAAUGGAGCGAAUGCGAACGCUGAAUCAAAAGCAGGAUUCACGCCUCUACAUCUAAGUGCACAGAAAGGUCACUAUGAUAUGACGAAUUUGUUGAUUGAGCACGGAGCUGAUCCAAAUCACAAGUCAAAGAAUGGUCUCACUGCAUUGCAUCUCUGCGCCCAAGAAGAUUUCAUUAAAGUGGCUUCUAUCCUUGUGAAAAAUGGUGCGAAUGUAGAAAGUAAAACAGAAACUGGUUACCGACCGAUUCAUGUCGCGGCGCAUUUUGGAAAUCUUUCGAUGAUCCGAUUUCUCUUGAAGCACAACGCAACAAUCGAUGUAAAAACCAAUCAAAAUUAUACUCCGCUGCAUCAAGCUGCUCAACAAGGUCACGCGCAUAUCGUUAGCGCGUUAUUAGAAGGAAAUGCUUCUCAUAAAGCACGAACUAACGACGGAUUAACGGCAUUAAAUAUAGCUCAGAAAUUAGGAUACAUAUCAGUAAUGGAGGUAUUGAAAGGAUUGUCUUAUGAUACAUUGGCACCUGAUAAUAAAAAUUGGGACGAAAAGUAUAAAGUCAUAGCACCUGAAAGUCUGCAAGAAACCAGUUUUAUGUCUGAUUCCGACGACGAAGGAGGUUCAGACGCAUUGAUCAGUGAGCAACCGUAUCGAUAUCUUACAGCAGAUUUGAUGAAAAGUUUAAGAGAUGAUUCUUUGCCCAUUGAUGUUACACGAGAUGAUCCGAUACACAGACAAGUUACAAAAGAAGAGAAACAGGAUUUCACUCAAAGCAAUAAUUAUUGUCUAGCUGAAAACUUUGAUACUGAUGGAUUUAACUUGGGCCGACUUCAUUUCAGAUCAUUUUUAGUGAGUUUCUUGGUGGACGCACGUGGAGGUGCUAUGAAAGGAUGUAGACACAGUGGGGUGCGUAUCAUCGUACCACCACGCAGAGCAACAAUGCCAAUUCGCGUUACGUGCAGAUUGAUAAAACCUAAUAAAGUUGCAAAUCCUCCUCCUUUAAUGGAGGGAGAGGCUUUAGCAACUCGUGUUAUAGAGAUGGGACCAAUCGGUGCAACGUUUCUAGGGCCUGUUUUAAUCGAUAUACCGCACUUUGCAUCUAUUCGAGGCAAAGAGAGAGAAAUCAUUAUUCUCAGAAGUGAAAAUGGAGAAACGUGGAAAGAGCAUGAUAAUUCUGCCGAUAAUGACGCUACUCUGUUAAAUACUCCGCAUGAUCCUCAAAUGAGCGCUGCUCAUUCUGGCAGAAUUACUCGCAUAGUAACGACAGAUUUCCCUCAAUAUUUUGCUAUUGUCACGAGAAUUAAACAAGAGGUGCACGUAAUCGGUGCCGAAGGUGGAAUUUUGACUUCGAGCGUGGCUAACGACGUCCAAGCUGUUUUUCCACCAGGAGCUUUAACAAAGAAGAUUAAAGUUGGAUUACAAGCACACGUAAUUCCGGCAGAGCUCACAGCAAAACUACUAGGAAAUUGCGUAGCUGUCUCCCCAGUAAUAACGAUCGAGCCGAGAAGACGAAAAUUUCACAAACCAAUUACUCUUACGAUACCGGUACCUCAAGCAGCGAAUAAAGGAAUGAUUAAUCAUUACGGCGGUGAAACGCCAACGCUACGCCUUUUGUGUAGUAUUGCAGGUGGGACGAGCGAAUCACAAUGGGAAGAUGUUACUGGUUCGACACCGUUAACUUUUAUGAACGAUACAGUGUCCUUUACUACAACUGUGUCCGCACGAUUUUGGUUAAUGGAUUGCCGAAAUAUAGGAGCAGUUCCAAAGAUGGCAACCGAAUUGUACGAGGAAUCGUUAUUUGUGCCCUAUAUUACCAAUUUCAUAAUAUAUUCGAAACGAAUGGAUGUGCUCGAGGCAACACUGAGAAUAUUAUGUAUGACGGACGGAAAGGAAGGAAUGCAUACGUUGGAAAGGCAAGAGGAAUUUGUCGAAAUUGUAAAAAGCCGUGAUGUUGAAGCGCUUGAUGGGAAAGAUCUUUAUAUCGAGUUUAGUGGAAAUUUAGUACCUGUGACGAAGUCGGGUGUACAAUUGAAAUUUACCUUUAAAGCUUUUCGUCAAAAUCGUUUAUCCUUUCACGUAAAAGUGAAGGAUCCGUUGUUAGAUCCUGUCGCUAGGAUGUUGUUUAUGAGAGAACCGAAAGUUGCCAAGGGAGAACCACCUCAACAACCAAUUUGCGUGUUAAAUAUCGUUAUUCCAGAAAUUACGACCAAAGUUGAAGUACAAAAGAAAUUGAAAGAUUACGAAGAUUCAAAUAUUAUUAAUCAGAAAUUGGAUUCGUACGAAUUGAAGUACAAGGUGGAACAGAAAGAAAAAGGUGACGAACCUAAGGACACAUCGCCUUCCGAAAAGAAAUUUAUUACCGACACCUUGCAAAAAGAACGAACAGAUGCUGUUACCAUCCACGAAUUCCUUGCGCAAAAAGCGGCUUGUUCCUUAGAAUCUGUAGAUGCUAGUUAUCCCAGUAAAGUAGUCGGGCAGGAGCAAGAGCACUUGUCGCCGAGUGUCGAGAGACAAAGCUAUUCAGAGAAGAGGAAAUUCUGGGAGGAUAUCUCGAGGAAACGGGAAAGCUAUCAACGAUCGGAAUCCGAGGUGUCGAGAACGUCGCAGUUGACGACGAACGAAAGCGACAGCGAGUACGUGCAGAAUGUUACCACGGAGGACACGGCGGACAUGGUUCAACAGAUGGGCAAGUCUGAAACGUUGGAGGAUCUGAACGUACCUGAUAUUUCCGAGUGUUCGGUAGCGGAGAAGGCUCAGUAUUUCGAGGAACAGAUACAGAAAGAAACGACGAAACUUCCGGCCAAGUUGCAUCAACAGGAUUCGCUGAAAUCGAACGAGAGGGAGAAGCCAACGAAAACGAAGACGAGCGACAAGGCAGAAGAAAAGGCAGACAAGGAUGAAAAGCACGUGGCCGAGCUGAAGCAGCAAAUUAAAAAGACGGAGAGGGAGAAGGAGAGCGGAGGAGUCGCCUUGGGAGAAGCGGAAGAACGGAGAGCGAUCGAAACGAAAGAAACAAAGACGAAACGGUCCUCUGAAGACGAAAAGGAGAAAGACGAGAGUAAAGAAACUUACACGGAAGUGUUUGGGAGAGAAGAUUACGCGAAAGCCGACGAAGCGCCUCAACGUGGUAGUCUACAACUAGUAGAAACAGAGAUGCACGUAGAGAAGGUGACGGAACGUUACCGUUUGCCAUCGAUCGAUGGGAAAGUGGAAGAAAGCGCGGCAUCGUUGGCGGAUCGAUCGGCUGAGUCGGAAAGCGCGAAAGAAACGAAAGACGUACGGGAGAAAGGAGAGGACGUUGUAGAAUCUGCAAGAGCGGAAUGUCUGGUCGCGCGAGAACGCACGAGAGAAAGCGUGGAAGAAAUGAGAAAGAAAGUGGAGGAGCCAACGCCAGAAUCGAAGAGGAGAGGAAAAGAGGAAGGUGAAGGGAAAGGAAGGAUCGACGUAGUCGCAGGCGAAGAGAGAAUAAGGGAAAGUGUAGAAGAAGAAGAGGAAGGGAAGGAAAUGAGUUUGCGCGAAAAGGAAGAAGCGAAAGAAGACGGUAGGAAAGAUGAUGCGAUGAUGGAACGAGUAGUUGCGCAGCAGGAAAAAGUAUGGGAUAUCGAGGAAAAGGGAGUGGAAGCGACGAAGAGACCUCCGACGGAAAUGGGGGAAAAGCCAGAAGGCGAAGCAAGACGGAAAGAGGCGCGAGAGGACGUUGCUGAACGUCGUGAUCCAGAGGUGGAGGUGCAAGGGGGAAAAAGGGAAGAAGCUGUUGUUGCGGAUGUUGUCGGAAUCGCGAGAGAAAGAGUUGAAACACCGGAUAUGAAAUCGGAAGACAUCGUUAAAGGAAAAUCGAGUGGAAAACGCAUUAUAACGGAAGAAACUACCAUCAUCUACAAGGUACAGAAAGACGGUAGUCUGAUUCAAGAAAAGGUAUUAAAGUCUGUUCAAGUGGAAGGAGGAAGCGAGGCUUUGAGUGGGUUGAUUGAAAUUCCCGAGAGCAUCGUCGAGAGAGAGUUGUUGCACGAACCUAUCUGCGAUGUAAGAGCUGAGAUCGAUGCAGCUUCGACCGAUGUUGGAAAAGAGACGAUGGAAAUGUUGGCGAAAGAUGGAAGGGCAAUAAGAGAAGUUGGACAAGAAGAAGGAUGGACUCGAAAGAAGGAUGGAGAGACUAAGGAGGACAGAAAGGAGGAGAACGGAGAAGACGAGGAGAAGACGGAGGAGGAGGAGGAGGAGGAGAAGAAGAAGAAGAAGAAGAAGAAGAUGAUGGCGGCGACAGAGACUGUUGAAACGAGAACCGUUAAGAAAGAAUUCGAGUCACGGAUUCCCGUUUCGAUGGGGAAAAUAGAAAAAGAUAAAAUCCAAAGGGAAACGAAAGCGAAAGUAACACAGCUCGCGAGUAAACCGGAGAGCGAGAAGGAACCGAGCGACAAGGAGGAGGAAGAAAUCUCGCCGACGACUAAGAAGAAAGAAUUUGAAUCGCGAAUACCGAAACGGGUGGUGGAGGCGAAGCCAACGUCGGACAAAUUUGGAAGGAAGGACACGCACGUGAAGAAGGAGAGCGAAUCGUACACGAUAACGGAGAAAAAGCUGAGCGAACAAGUGACUUCGAAAUUGGAGGAGCACUCGACUACCAAGAGCGAAACGCAAACAUUUUCCAAGUCUUUUACCGAUCCGGAGGAAGCUUUCAAAAUGUUCGAGGAGAUGGAAAGCGCAAAGGGGAGAGGGAAGAAGGAAUUUGCGACCGUUACCUCGAAGAUCGAUCACAAAACGUGCACCACGCUGGAGAAGAAAGAGGUGGUGUCUUCGGAAGUGUCCAACGGCACGGAGAAGGUUGUCACGCUGGAGGAGAAGGAACGCGUGGAGAGGAAGAAAUCGUCGGAGUCGCAGUUGAAGAAAGAGUCGCCAACGGAAACGUUGGAGGAGAAGAAAAGCAAGCGGGAGGAAUUGGACAAGAGGGCGGUGCAAAAGUUGUCGAUGAAUUUGACAGGCACGGAGAAAGUGAUAGACGCAGCCGCGUCCGAGUCGAGAGCCGAGACGAAGAAGGAGGAGACGCGCGAGAUGUUGUCGGACAAGGAGGGAGUUACGACUCGCGAGGCGGGUAGCAGCGUGUCGAGAGAGAGCGACGCUGAGGUAGCCAUCCGGAUAACGAAAGACGCGGACGGUAGGAAGAGGGAUGGCGAGAAGGAGGACGAGGAGGUGAGAACGGUAGAGAGGAAGGAAGGAAGGCCGGCAGCGGAAAGGAUAUCGAGACCACCGUCCACCUCGAUGGACUCGGACCGCGUCGAAACGCUCGCUCAGGCAGAGUCGCGUAGAGAGACCAAGGAGAGUUUCGACGUUGUCCAGUUUGUGCCGAGUGCCAAGAAGAAAAGAAAGGAGGAGGAGGAAGAGGAGGAGAAAAAAAGAAGCUUGCUGAAGGAAGAGGAGGAGGAGGAGGAGGAGGAGGAGGAGGAAGAAGAAGAGGAAGAAGCGAAAAGGAAAGAAACGAAAGAACGAGCGGCCAAAUCGCCGACCGAGGAAAGUUUGGAGGAGAAGCAACGGCAAAAGUUCAAAGAGAUCGAGGCGCGUACUAUAGCGGAAACUUUGAUUCAGUCGAUCGAAAGCGAGAUUGAAGCGAAAUCGGUGGCGGAUUUGAAGGCGGAGCUGCUCGGUAAAGGUUACUUGGAACAAAUUAUAAGCGAGAGCGUCGAAACGGACCACGAGAAACUGGCUGACGAUCUGACGCGGAAAUUCGAAAGCAUCAUGAGGCGAACGAUGGACAAGCAACAAGCGGGACAGGGGAGAAUGGCGGAGGAAAGUUUGGCGGAAUCGCUGAGAUUGAGGUCGUCGAUACAGGAAGAAUCUCUGGAGAAGAGUUCAACGAGAGACAGUAUAAGCGUUAGCGAAGACAUAACCAAAGACGAGGAGUCGUCUCCGCACGAGAAAGAGCCGAGCUUCCCCCUUUCGUCGUCUCAAGCUAAACUGCAAGACAGAGACAUCACCAUGAGCCCCAGCAGCAUAUCGGAGCAGAUUGAUUUCGAAGAGACGAUCGACGUUGAUACGAACGAACUGGAAAGCGUGUCGAAACCAACCGGGUUUUUGAGCCCGCAAUUUGAGAAACAACGAUUCGGCAAGUCAACGAGCAGUCAAAUGGAACUGCAAAGAGACUUGCAGAGCACGAUCGACGCGAGUUUCCCUCGGGAUAAGAUGAUGUCCGAGAUCUCGGGUGCCAGAGUUUUGGAAGUCGUCGAGCCUGGCGUGGACAGUCAGUCCAGAGAAGAUUCGGUCGACGUGCCCUCGCUCGAAAUGGACGAGCAGAAGUUAUCCGAACAGACGAGCAGGGGGAUCCCGUCGUUGCACGAGAGCGCGGAGAUGGAUUCGCUGGAGAGGCUGGCUCAAGAACGGGACAUAACGAUAAGUCCUAGCACCGUAUCGGAAGACAUCAAUGUUGAUUAUUCUUUGGUGCAAGAGCCGUCCCAUCAUCAUCAGCCUGUAGCAGAUGCAAAGGGGAUGCAAAGAGAGCUCGGGCCGAUAUGCACGAAAAGGGCGGACAGCUUCGAAAUUGAAAGUCCUCCGCUGGUUUCGCCGAAGCCAAAGGUUCGUGGCCUGGAGAUUAAACCUGUCGAUUGGAUGAUCGGCGACGAGAAGAUCGAGAUAUCGGAGACGCUGCAACCGUCUCAGAUUUUUAAUCAGGAAUUGGAAGCGUACGAAUCGAUGAGGCAAAAGGAACGACUGUCUUCGUUGGAGGGAUCGACGGAUCACGAACAGGAGUCCGGCACCAAAUCUUCGGAAGAUGUUAGCGUGAUAGAGUCGAUCGAGAAGGAGACAGUUGCUUGUACGGACAAAGAUGCUCCGGUUGCUCCGUCGACUCUCGGUAAAACAAAGUUUACGGUAAUUCCAGUCAGCGAACAAGAUUUCGAAAGCGAGUUGGUGGAAAAUAAGUUGGACGUUAGUUGUCAGGAGUUGGUCGACACGCUGCAACGCGAGUACGACGCGAAAACGCCGAUCAAAGAAUACGCGGAAGAAAUAAGUGGCGGACGGAUGGGCGAAUCGGAAGAGCGAGAGGCAGCUCUUCCGAAGGAGGAAAGUAAAGUAAAGCCGGACGACUCGCGUGCCGAGAUGUCUUCCGGGCUCUUCCAAACUCGCGACGAACCGAUCAAAGAGGAAGACGCGUCUUUGCUCGGUAAAAAAACCUUCGGCAAGACGGAAGGUAAAGUUCAAGCUUCAAAGACAGAGAUCGAACUGAAAUUGGAGGGAAGAGGAACGGUGUCGUUGAAAGUGAGCGAGAAGCCCGAGGGACAAGCGUCGCGAGAGGAGGAGGCGAGAGCAGCAGCGGCGACCGAGCUCGAGAAACCAGUGCGCAUGGACGACGUAUUGAAGGAGUGGACCGAGGCUUAUCUGUCGAAAAUGAAACCGUUGGGCGACGAUUACAAAAGGCAUAUGGAGAAAGGUACGGAGAAACACGACAAGCCCGCAAGAUCCACGACAGUUCCUUCCGACACUUGUGCCUUUAAAAUAAAAAAAGAUGAUCUCCCUAGUGUUGAUUUAAGUGCACGUUACGCUAUAACCGUUCUAGAUCAGGUAGUUAAAAAAGAAAUAGCCGAGGUGAAGGAGUCGUUAGAGGCGGCGAAGCAAGACCUGAUAGAGGAAUUAAGCGAAAAUAGCGAAACUGUGAUUCAAAUAAAAGACUCACCUUCGGAGUUUCGAUUUAAACUGCAACCGGAAUCCAUCCCGAACGAUUUACCAUUUUUAUACACGCCGUCUGAACAAACACACGAAUCGGACACCGAAGCGAGAGCGAUCAAGAGCGAAUCACCGAUCGACAAGUCAAUGCCGUACGAAACGAAAGAAACGUACAGCACCGAAAGUAAAACGGAGAUGGAAGAAUCGACUUGUAGCAGUAUAGAGGAGCCGAUACACCCGAUACACCCGAUACACCCGAUACACCCGACCCAAGGCGACACACCUGUGAUCAAAACCGAAAAGUCUGACGACGUAGAGACUGCUGCGAUAACCGUCCACGAUGAUACGAAAGACGACGAGGAGGAGGAGGAGGAGGAGGAGGAGGAACAUCCUAGCCCUGUGCCUGCUAGUAGGUCAGGUUCAGAUAUAGACAAUAAAGAUGAAAGUUCUUCUUUGGCUUUGCCACGUCCAGUGCUGAGAAGGCGGCAGAAACCCGGCAGCCGAAGCUGCAAACGCGUCACAUCCGACAGCGACGCGGAUCUUGGCUCUAGUUCUGGCGAAAGUAGCAAUUAUCAGUCUUGCGACUACGAGAUCGGCAGUGGUAGCCGACCUAGCUCUUCCGACGUAGAAGCUCUGCAAUCCUGCGGCGUACCCUCGGCGACCGCCUCCGAAUACGAAACGGCGAUGAUGUCUAUCGAGCAUUCGUCCUCUUCGAAACCAACCUCGCAGGAGUAUCAUACCGCGGCGACGACGAUGAGCUCGCGCGAGUCUAUGAAAUCUCUCACUUCUUUGAGUUCCGGUCACCUCGGUAGCAUCGACAGUACCAGCGAGUUGUCGGAAACGUUGGUGCCCUCGGAAACCGACGCGGACAAACAAGAGGCGGAAGAACAGCUCGACGACGUUUUGGACGAAGAGCACACCGAACAGUCGCUGGAUUCCUCGGGCAGCGACAUGCCGAUCGACGAACAGAUGGAUAACAUUUACAGCGAUAUACCUUGUCGUAUGAAGCGAUCGUCCGAAAUGAUAUUUCCGCAAGUGCUGGACGAUGCUGCUGCCGGUACUGCUGCCGGUACUGCUGCCGGUACUGCUGCCGGUACUGCUGUCGCUUCCGCUACCGCUACCGCUACCGCUUCCGCUUCCGCUACCGCUACCGCUUCUUCUACCGCUACCGCUACCGCCGCCACCACCACCACCACCACCACCACCACCACCACCACCACCACCACCGCCGCCGCAGUCAAAAGUGAACGCGAAACGGAAGAAGCGGCAAAUUUGGAGGUGGCAAGGGGCGACGCGAAAGGGAUCGAUUUCGCUACGUCCACGUUCACAACGACAACCGGUACGCUUCAAUCUGUAGAUAUAAUGACAUCACGGGUUUCCGAGGACGGUGUACAGAGCGUGUGUACCCAGGUGAUCUCUACUCAAGCUACGCCCGAGGCCGAGUCGAAAUCCGAAAUGGAAAGAGUCGAGGGCGAAACUUUUAACACGGAGAUGACCGAGGUGACCGAGGUGGCCGAGGUGGCCGAGAUGGCCGAGAUGGCCGAAAAGGAGGCCGCGGAGGAGGAGGCCGUCUUUGGACGGACUUUGGACGUGCCGGACGUGCCAGACGUGACAGAGUCCGAGCUUUUGGAACAAAAGUAUUACGUCGCGGCUGGAGUAUCGAGCGAAAGCCCUGAAAUGUCCGUGCAAACGUCAACAGCGUCGAUGAUGCAACAGCAGGCAAGCAUGUCGACGUCCUCGAUAUCGGGCGUGUCGAUCGACACGGUCGUAGGAAAAGAGAAAUCGUCGUCGGAUCGUCAUUCGCCGGAUAGCGACUCUUUCGAGAUGGUCGACAAGCCCGACAUUAUCGACGACUUUGUAGUGAUAGAGGAGGUCGGCAGAGAGGCUGAAGAGUACGACUCCGAAGGUAAGAGCAUACGCAUCAGCGCUAUACCGCAGGCGAGUAGCAAGCAGUACGAUCGGGACCUCGAAAAUCUUGUUCUAACGGAGAACAAAGAAGGCACGCAAGUCUCUUUGUUGACCAGUCAAACGUCAACAACGAAGAAGAACAACGAAUUGUUCGACUUCGAAUCGGAGGAAAGCCCGCCGCAAGUUUCCAACGACGAUCAGUACUCGCAGUCGUAUUCCGAGGACGAAGAGCAGUACGAGGGGGGGAAAAAGUGGAUAGAGAUGCAGUUUCACGCGGAUCCUCGAGUCUAUGACAUCGAGUACGAUCGGGGCCCCCUCGAGGACAUAAAAGAGGAGGAGGUCACCGAUUUCGAAGCUGGCAGUAGCAGAUUCGGAAGUUUGGGCAGUCACAAGGAAUCGAUAGGGAGCGUGGGCAGUAUGCGCGGUAGCUUUGGCAGUACCCCCGACUACGACGUGUUGGCCGGUAAAAAGUACUUCACCAGGCCGUCCGAUCACGACAACGUCUCGUUGAGCUCGUUGCAGGAAUUCGAACGUUUGGAGAGCGUGGUCGCCGCGGAGAAUUCGCGAAAGUUACAGUGCGGCUCGCACGAUUCCGUCAAUAACGGUAGCCUUCCGAGGAGGUACGUGACUAGCCGAUCCGGCCACGGUGACGACAUCUCGCUGUCCUCGUUAAAGGACUUUGAAGGGCUGGAGAAAGCCUGCAGGGAGGCGCAUUUGAUCGAGUUGCGCGCCAGAGAGGAGGAAGACCUACUGGAACACGAAAGCCCUGAGAACAAGUACAAAUUGGAGAGUUUACCGCGGACGAGGGUCGACACGAGUACGGCUGGCUCGUUCAACGCGAGCACGUCCGGCUCGGACGAUUACGAGAAGCGGAUCAAAGAGAUCGACGAGAUCAUACGCAUAGCUCAGUCGAACGUGGAAAAAUUUGACCGGCAGGAUGACACGACCGAAGACAUUUCGCAGAUCGAGAUCACGGACGUUGAGAGAGGAGGAGCCGCGACUCAAGCCGAUGCGCAACCGAUUCUUGUACCCCCGGUAGAAGAAUCGGAAACCGUGCCUCUUCCGGGGGGCAGUAACCGGGAGAGCAAUCUCAUGGAAACCAGCACGGACUCUCUCGAGCUCGAAGAUAACAUCGACAAGAAGCAUCACCCGUUGUGUCGAAGUUCCGAUUCGUUGGAGAUGAAAACUACGCUCGACUUUCCUUCCUUGAGUUCCGACUCGUUGAACAACGUACGAGAUGCGAAAGAGAUGCAGUCGGACGUGGCCGAACACGCAGCCAGCGUUAGGCGUAUCUCUUCCGAUUCCCUGGAUAUGCCUCUGCUCGAGCAACAAGAUGCCGAAGGUGGUGAGAGGCGAAGCAACGAAGAUGAUCGUUCGGAUGGCGUCACGUCGGAUAAUUCUUUAGAGCGAAGAUCGGAAACGGCGGAAACCGAGACGAGCGAUGGUAAAAUGAGGACAAAACCGAGCACCAACACGUAGGAACAUCUCCGUAGAUAGUGGACCAUCAAAGUGAAUUUGUUACAACGUCGCCGGUUCUCGAGGCUACAACGAUGCGUUAUCGAGCCAGUUCUUCAAAUGCUUGCACCUACACAGCAUAAUAUGAAAAAUGACGUACUAAAGAGAUACUUGCGCGUUGUGCAUAUGCAAGAUAUUACACGCAUUUACCUUUGUUUCGUGCGAUAUUUUAUAAGACCCUACUUGUUUUUACGAUGCUUGAGUCGAAUAGUUAUCUAAUAUUGAAAUGAUUAGAAUUGUUAUCAAAUUGAGAGAUAGAGGGACGAAUGACGCUUACUUAUUUCGUAUAAAAUCUAUACCAGAAUCUAAUUGCUUUCGAUUUACUUGUUUAGAUAAUUGCCAAUGUCAUGCUUCGUUGUUCACGAUUGUUUCACAGUAAUUAAGUUCGCGUAAGUUGCAUAACUUUUAAAUGUUAUUUGUAUGUCCUACCAUAUACCAUACUUGUAUGAUACUGCAAGUAAAGUAUACAUGUAAAGUGUCAUGUUUUGUAAAUUCUCGAUUAUAA